UAUGCCUUGGACCACGGUCAACCCGUUAACUCAGUCGUUGAUGGCGUUCUCCCUCUCCAUGUCGCGAGCUCUGGUGGAAACGACCUCAUAGUCCGUCUGCUUAUCGAGCGCGGCGCAGACGUGAACGCCCCAAGGCUUCCCCGCAAAUACUCUAGCGACAAACACAGGGCCAAUUCGGCGCCCAUCGUUGGAACGUCUGGCUCUACCCCCCUCCACUUUGCCGCGGCGAACGGACAC